CAGCUGACGGCCAACUAGCCACAGCUGAUGGCCAUUUACUACCUGAGCCUGCACCUUUCUAUGUGAGGCUGAGAGCCUGGAAACUUCUCUUUGGGGCUCUGUCCCCACUCGCUUAGUAACAUGUUAAGUAAAAAAGUGAGUGCCAGAAUACUACACAGAAUGUCCUACAAUUUUUUAUACUGCCCAAACACAAAUAAAAUUAAGCAGGGUUGAACAAAAACAUAUAUAUGAGGUAAUAAGGCUUAGAAAAUUGGAGAGGGGGAUUAUUUACACAAAAAUCCAGGAUAAUUUAAAAAAAUAUUUCUGAAUAGGAAAUGGGACGGGAUGGGGUGGAAAGGACUAAAUGAGAUUCAAUGAGUUCUGGUAAAAUUCUACUUCACAAAUUAGGUAGUAUGUUUGCGAUGUUUCAUAAUACUCUUUUGCAACUUUUAAAUAUAAAAAUAUAAAAAUUUGAAAAGAAAAGUGGAAAGCAACCAGCUUCAAGCGUAUUAGCGGUAGGCCUCGGUCCACAAAGUGCUCUGGACCGUCAAUCUCCCGAUCAGCUAACUAGCCAAGGGCUUGGCGUCCCGCGCGGCCCACUGCACGCAUGCGCACCGAGACCAGCCAAUCAGCGACGCUCCCGGGCGAGGCGAAACUGGCUUUUCUCCCGCGCGAAUUCCGAGUUGCCUCAGGGGAGCGCACGGUAGAGAAGCAGAUACCUCAGGUAAGGAACUGGCGUCGGGGAGACCGUAGUGGCGGGGUAACUGUUAGAGAUCUGUAACUGUGGUUCUCUGUCAUUGGGGUUGUUUUCAGACGUGAAUAAGCGCAGGAGUCUGAGCCCGAGGUUACUCUUGACUGGUGAGGUGAAUAUUUCUCAUGGGCUCCACCUGGGGUCUCUGACAGGAAAAUGAGGGCAGUGAACCUCACGCAGGCCAGGGCCUUCAGCGGGUGAGGGACGAGGGGAGAAGGGAGAGGGGAAAGCGGCAGGCUGAGCUGGGUCUGAAGGUCACACCGCACUUGGAACUUGGAGCGUUUACCGCUCGGGGGAGGGGGGAAAGAGAAGGAGAGAGGAGGGGGAAGGGUGGGCCGUCGUCAGCCAUCUCUCCCUCCUGCCAGCCCUGAACCCAUCAGAAACAAUUGAAAUUAACUAAGGGCCACUCUUCAUUAGUCCUCGAUGCCUAUAUUGUGUAAAUCUUACAUGCACGUUAAUUUUCCGCGGUAUAAAAUACGUAACAUUUUUAUUUUAAAUUUAUGUUGCUGUAAGCUUUUUGGGGAGCAUGCUCAUGGUCGAUCCUGCCAACUACGAUUUCACUUCGUGACUGAAAUGCAAAAAACUAGAUUUGCCCAAAUUGAGCCAGACUUGGUCAGAGGCGGGACAAAAUUCUGAUCUCCCAGCCCUCCGACGCGAGCUCUUCAUAGCAGCACACCUGCGAGCAGGGUUGACGCUCAUUAUCUUGUUAACUUUUGCUCCAUCAAAAUAAAUGAGACUCCUAAAAUGUUAUUCAACUAAGAUAAUCUUUAUUUGAUAUCUCUAAGUUUGAAAUUUACCGGUUUAUUUAAAUGGUGUCUUUGGAUUCGGAAGGUUUAAGAGAUUUAUUUUUUAAAAGUUGGAAAACAUCUAAAUAUGGUGCCCUCUGGAAGAAAACAUACCAGGAAGUCUGGGAAGACAUCAAUGGAGGAUCAGGUUAUGAGAGCCUAUGAUUCUGAGAAAGAAGAUAAAAAAGAUCUGUGUGGUUCAGAGGAUGUUACCGAUGGUACAACUCCAGUAAUUGAUAAGCAUGGGAAGAAAAGGAGUUCUGCAGAAAUAGUUGAAGAUAUGGGGGGUGACGUACAGAAUAUGCUGGAAAGAUUUGGAGCUGACAUUAACCGGGUUCUUUUUACCAAGAGAAAAAAAUUAGAAAUGUAUGCCAAGGCUUCUUUCAAAACCAGUAAUAAGAGAAUUGAAAAUGUUUGGAAAACCCAACGAGAGCAAAGAAAGAAGCUUAACCAAGAAUAUUCUCAGCAGUUUGUGACUUUGUUUCAGCAGUGGGAGAUGGACAUGCAGAAAAUUAGGGAACGAAAAAAAAAACUAGCUAACCUUUUUCGACAGCAACAAAAGAUGUUUCAACAAUCUAGGAUUGUUCAGAGCCAGAGACUGAAAACAAUUAGACAGUUAUAUGAGCAAUACACAAAGAGUAUGGAAGACUUGGAGAAGAAUCAUAGUAAUCUAGUUACUGAUGCACAAAACGAACUUAGAAAUGAAAUGGCUAUGUUGCAAAAAAAAAUUAUGAUGGAAACUGUAAGUCAUUUAAAAAUCCAAAAAAUAAGGAUUAAUAUAAGCAUUGAAAUGUUUUAUUUGCUGAAAUAUGUAUAACACUUAUCUAAAAAUUAAACAAAUGUCUAAU